CAUAAUGAUUGGGGUAGUAAGUGGCGGUCACGAGCUGGUGUUAAAUUCGUCGAAUCUCCACGGAGGCCAUAGACAUUUGGUACGACAAAAGGGCCUCCCACGACUGCCAUCUGCACCACCCGACCUAUACCAAGUGGAUGAUGCACACUUGAGAAGGAAUCCCAUCCUCGGCAUAUGAAACACAAGGGCAACGUAUACGGCAAAUCCGCUGCCCUGCGGUCACUCGUCCCUUCCCCUCUACGCGUGGCGCGUUCAAGAGAGACAGCGAGACGGACGCUUUACAUACCGCCGCCGCGAGGCUCGAGCUCUCGUCUCAACCAUCGGCACAGGAGUCGCUUUACAUCGGCGCCGGUCCCUAGACUACUCCGGGCCCCGGCAUAGAGGUUGAACAUUGAGGCUUGAUAGCAGAUGCGCUUUCUCCGGUAUCAGCCCUUGGGCGUUCCAGACCAGCCCAUCAAAUUCACACAUGGCCUUAAGAACACCUACGAAUAUUGGACAGCUUGCGGUGCAAGAUGUGGGUUUCUCCGCUGAGAAUGGCUUCUCACUGCCGACGGCUGCGGCUGAGUCUGUGGCGCUGAGCUGCCAAUCAUGUCUGUCUAGAAGACGCUGGUCGUUGUUCCAAAGUAUACCUCGUGUCGGCGGCGCAGCCGUCUUUCUCCUUGUCUUCUCAUCAGCCCUGUGCUCUCACUCUGGUCAUCGGGUCUGCAGGCCCCGCAUGCGAAUAGCACAUCAAGGACGCUCUACAAGGCUAUGCACGUCGGGGUGCAGCGUUCAUAUCUUGGAACGCUCCGCCGCUGCUCUUCAUUCAAGAAGCGCUCUACGAGACGCUGCGAGUUCAGACAAGACGUGUCAUCGGUGCGCCAGGUGCGUGCCCCGGGUUAGCGCCAGGGGUUAUGAAACCCCGUGGCAAUUCGGCAAGGAGAAGCCUCAAGCAAGCAGCAGAAGUAUCCAAUUGCCCUCUCAGCAGUCGGAGGAUAUAGCAUGUUAGCGGCAUGGUGUGAGUAUUCGCCAUGCAGGUUCGUGCUUUGCUGGCAAUGAGCAUCAGCUUGGUUGCAACCCUGGCAGAAUGCUCCUCGCUCCAUAUCUGGUUGCAGUUUAUUGCCAACUGACAAUGGUUCUUCUGUGGUUUGAAGCAAGAAGACACCGCAGCUGAACGUGCUGAUUGGUCGAGAGAAGCGCAGCUGUCACCUGCCACCAAUCGCAUUGCUCCCACACAGUGCAGGGCGACAGUCAGGGUGACUAGAAAAAUCAAGGCGGUCGAACAGUCAUUAAUUAGUGGUCUCUCGUAACAGGUCUCAGAGACUGGGUGGAUUGUCCACUCAAAUUUGUAGAAGCUGGAUGUCCCUCAAUUCAUUGAACUCAUU